AUGGCCGCGCUCCUGGGCCUCGUGUUGCUCAUAUACUUCACAAGUGUAUCUGCUGCCUGUGAGCAUUUGGGGGAACAGUGUAUAAAUGUUGCAAAUGGAUGUGAGAGUGUCUGGAACAUUGUGGAGGAUGUCUGCAAUAUUUCAGUUCUAGGUAAUAAAUGCAAGGCUGAAGGUGCCGUUGGCUGUAACACAAUCAUCCAGAGGCUGGCUGACAAAUAUCCGGUAUUAAAAAACUGCGUCUGCACCACAGAUGGUUUAUGCAGCAUCACAACACUGUUUGAGAAAGAAUGUGGCAUUAAUAAAGAAUAUUUGGAUACUUCCUUAAGAUCCGAUACUGACCUGAAUUUCCGGCAACAUCAAAAUUCCAAAGACCAAAGACCCUUCAGCGUGUUGGAGAGUGAGUGCAGUGCUGCAAAGCAAAGCUGCCGAGAGGACCCUUCCUGCUUUACAGCCUAUAAGCACUUCCAGCGCGCGUGCCAGGCAGCGGCUGGGAGAUGCCGGCUCCGGAUGGCCACGCAGCAGUGCCUGUCAGCAUGGGAAGAGCUGAGGAAAACAGUGCUGGGAAAAUGCAGGUGCUCAGAGCCGCUUCAAAAGAGAUGUGUUAAAAUAUGGAAGGGAAUAUUUAACAACCCCUGUUUACAGUAUUCUCAAGAGAAUCGAGCUUCAGCAUAUAGUGAAGAAGAAGACAGUAAGGACAAUGAUGAUGAGGAGGAAAGUCAGGACAUUGACACAGGUAAUGCUGGUAUGGAAGCAAAAUUACAAUGGAAUUUAUCUACCCUCUCCAAGCAAGGACACACAGCAAACAGAACCUGUUUGGAUGUGAACAAAGAGUGUGUUGAAGAUGAAGUAUGCAACAAACAGUUGUCCCUGUAUCUAAAAGGUUGCUCAGUAAAUAAAAAAUGCAACAUGAAAGAAUGUCAAGCAGCCAUAAGGUUCUUCUAUCAAAACAUGCCUUUUGAGAUUGCCCAUACUAUGGCCUUUUGUGAUUGUAUCCAGCCUGAUGAAUCUUGCCACAGAGCUAAAGAACUUCUUCAUGGCAAGCCCUGUGCAGUGACUGCAGUUCCUACUCCCUCAUGUCUAAAUGUAAUUCACAUGUGUGAGGAGAAUGACUGGUGCAGGAAAAAAUACAAAACUUUUCGGUCCAAGUGCUGGAGACACGUGACAAAAAAAUGCUAUGAUGAUGAAGCUUGUCUUGAAACUUUGCUCAAGGACGACAUCCCGUGUUCUGCAAGCCCUGCUUGCCAAGCAGCCUACGUGGGCACGUGGGGCACGGUGCUGCGCGUGGGGUGCUCCUGCCACCACUCACCUGCCUCGGAGCAGCCCUUGUGCGAGCUCUUCCAACGCCUGCUCCACAGCAAAUCCUGCCUCAGCCAGCUACGUCAAAUCCCGAUUAAGAAAGGAGACUUCCACUGGGUAAAUACAGAAAUACCAGGAGAAAAGCUUUCYAGAGCACAGCUGCAUUCUUCUCCAAUUAACAGUGAGACAGUCUACAUUAUUGCCUAUUCCUCCUGCAUGGUUCUCAUCCUAGGAAUAGUCCUGUUGACUCUUCUAAAGAUCAGAGCCUGCAGAACAAAAUAUGAGUCAAGAAGUCCCUCGCCAGACCAUUCUUCUGAAACAUUUAUGGUGCAUUAUAAAAGUCACAGAUGAACUACUCUGUUGCUUGUGCUUUUUAAGGCUGUUCUUGAAAGCCAGCCCAUURUACAUAUGCGAUAAUAAAGUAUAUAUUAGAAAACAUACUAUAAAUUAUGGAAUUUUGUAGUUGAGCAUACAAAAGAGUUUUACAUUUAUUAACACAUAUUAAACCUUUCACAAGCUAAAAAAAAAUAGAACUGUAUUAUUUUCAUUUGUGUAGAUUCACAGAUCUGCCUCAGGCUGCACAUUUACUUCAUCUUUCGAUUCAGGCAGCAAUGGUAUAAAGGCUUUAUCAGCAUGAAUCUUUGCAACGCACCUAGGAGUGACAAAAUUUGAAACCCACCCUUGUGAUUUGAACCUAUCUGGUGGAAAGGAARAGACUCAAAAAACAUUUUGGAGGGAUUGAAAAAAUGCACAUUUGCUACAUUUGUGUACCAGGUUCACUUAAUACAGGGAGAGCAAAUAUCCCACAGACAUUUGUGUGGAAGCCCUCACAAGUAGGCUGGAGGUAGUUUGACAGUAAAGCACUUUCUUGCAUAGCAGGAGAUCAGGUUUUAAGGCCAAUCACUAUGAAGAGGAAUGCAAGUGACUAUUGGGACUAAUAUGUUGAGCACUGUAUUGUUGCUGGAAAGAUAAGCCAUUAUCAUCACUAAUUAGUCUUUCUCCAUUAAUAUGCUGCAAUAAAGAUGAGCACUGCCAAUUUGAAAAAUGGUAAUUUUAGAAAACUGUUUUGGUAUCUGAAUGUUUUAGUGGCCUGAAUCCAAGUGGUCCCUUUUUGGGGGGKCUUAUUAAAGUGCCUGUUUCUAUAGAGAGAAGUUAGGACCCGUUCAUCACCUGGGUUUCCUAUUCAUGCUGUCCAGGUAGCACCUGCAGCGCCUGAUUGAACACGUGCACAUGGGCCCUAGCACACCACACUGCAUCACACCUUGGGGCUUUGUGCUCUGGAUUUCACUCUGUAGCUAAGUUAUUUUGCUAGGGCUAAGCUUUUAUUUAUUAGCAACUGGUUGUCUUUAGCAUAUCUUUGUUCUGGAUCUGAUCAGCACAGAAUAAUGGAUUGGCAUUCC